AUGCCAUCUGCUGAAGAACGAGAGAAAGAAGGUGCCGUGAGACAAGAUAAGCUUAUCACAAUGAAGGGAAAUCCAAAGUUGAAGGAUUUGUAUGUCGGACCAAAUAUUGUCAAAAGAAUGAGUGGUGUUCUGAAGGCUCAUCAGAAUGGUUUCCGAUACACGAUACCUAGAGGGGACAAGAUCGACGUACUCUACAACAACAUCAAACAUGCUUUCUUCCAGCCUUGUGACAAUGAAAUGAUUAUACUAUUACAUUUUAACUUAAAGGUGAGUCUUUUUUACUUUUAGGUAAUAUUUAUUUUACCUGAUUGCUUGUUGCGUAUAAUAAUUUGUAUGUUUAGAACCCGGUAUUAUGGGGCAAGAAGAAGUAUUUGGAUAUUCAAUUCUACACAGAAGUCGGUGAAAUUACUACAGAUUUAGGAAAGUAUCAUCAUAUGCAAGACCGAGACGAUAUUGCUAGUGAACAGGUAAGAUAUCUGAUUAUACUUUUGAUUUUGGAGCAACUUUUACAAUAAUAAUCAAAAUAUGACAGAUAGUUAAUUGUUUAAUGGUUCUUUGAAUUUAGAUGGAACGCGAGAUGCGGAAGAAGCUGAACUCGACCUUCCAAAACUUCUGUGACAAAGUUACGAAAGUGACAAACGAAAUGAUCGACUUUGACACUCCGUUCAAUGACUUGGCCUUCAAUGGUGUCCCGUUCAAAUCUUCGGUUUAUUUGAAGCCGACUUCAUCGUGUCUGGUUAUUUUGACUGAAUGGGUAAGUUUUGCCAUUUUAUUUUUAAAGUGGCAUACAAACAGCACUAUACAUAUAUGCCACGUGCGUUACAAAAAAAAUUAGACGUUCAGUCAAAAACCGCGAAUUCUUGUUUAAAAGGCAUUGAGACAAGAAUUCCAAAUUUCUUGUCUGAAAAGAUAAAAGAGACCAUGCUCUCUCGCCGCGAAGAGAACAACGUCUUUUUUUCUCUGCGCGCUUUCAGACAAGAAUUCGCUGUUUUUGACUUGGACACAGGGCAGGGCAUUGACAAAUUUCCAUGCCCUGCCCUUGCCCCUGCAGGGCAUCAGGGCAUUUACAGAGUAUUUACAGGGCAUUUGGGUAUAUUUUGGCGGACGCCUCCGCCGAGCGGUUGAUAAUCGGCCAUAAAUUGGUUAGUUUAGCAGCUAGAAACAUGUAGUUCAAUUCAGAAGUUAUUAUAUGUCAUACGCUACAAGUAAAAGCAUAAUUUUAAUACUUUAAAGGUAGUAUUGUUAUCGACCGGUUGAUAAUUUUUAGUAUAUUUUAAUUGCAAAUUUUAUAUAUAUUCUUAUCGCUCUGUUGUUCUAAAUUGUAUAGAAAUUUCAAUAGAUACAAUUCUAAGCAAAAAACUUUGUUUUUUGUAAAAAUUAAACAUUUGUAAAUUAUCGACCGGUCGAUAACAAUACUACUUUUAAAACUUUAAACUUAUGGUUUUAUUUGUAGCCAAUGACAUAUAAUAGCUUCUGAAUUGAACUACAUGUUUCUAGCUGCUAAACUAAACAAGUUAUGACGUCUGCCGAUUAUCGACCACUCGGCGGAGGCGUCCGCCAAAAUAUACCCAAAUGCCCUGUAAAUACUCUGUAAAUGCCCUGAUGCCCUGCAGGGCAAGGGCAGGGCAUGGAAAUUUGUCAAUGCCCUGCCCUGUGUCCAAGCCUGACCUUUGGUCGUCGAAACUUCCUGCCAAUUAAUCUCUUGGCGUCGGAAAAACAUCAAAUUAUUACUUAAAAAUACUUCAUAUAGCCUGAACUGUCCUAUAAACAAACAAGCAAAGCCUAGAACUGUAUAAUAUUUUCGUUUUUACCUAAAAUACUUAGACCUAAUAUACAAGUUCACCAAAAAAUAUUCUUAUAUAUUUUGUUACCUAAAAUCCUGUAAUAUAAUAAGUAAACGUACCGAAAACUGUGUUCUGUGGGUUCAUGGCAACUUGGUUCUUGGCGGCAUCACCAAUGAGACGUUCAAUGUCGGUGAAGGCGACGUAGGAUGGGGUGGUACGGUUUCCUUGGUCAUUGGCGAUGAUUUCUACCUUACCGUGCAUGAGUACUCCAACACAGGAGUAAGUUGUGCCAAGAUCGAUUCCAACAGCGUUUGCUUUGGCCAUUUUAUCAAAUGAACUGAAGUAACGAAAAAAUAAGAAUAUAAGGGACGAGCUAAAUACAUCGGAUGGAAAGUAUCAGACAAAAAAUGCGAUUUCUUGUCUGAUAUUUUCGUCUCUCAUUUUCCCUCUAUCUUUUUUUUCCUCUCGUUGCCGACGGCAGUUAGAGAAAAAAAAGAUCGUUGAAAAAAAUAUCAGACAAAGAAUUGCAUUUUUUGUCUGAUACUUUCCAUCCGAUGUAUUUAGCUCGUCCCUUAUAUGAAAAUAAACAUAACAAAUGCGCGACGAUAUCUAAAACGUUUAUACGUGAAUACCGACAAAAUGUAACCCUAUUAUCCCAUAACAAAAAAAAUAUUUCCGUUAACAGUAAGUACCAACCUUAUCCCAACCCUUUUCUAGCCCAAAAUGCUUUGAGACAUUUUCAAAACGUCACGUAGCCGAAAAAACGCAAAAUGUCCCAACGUUUCUUUUCGUGCCAGGACCAAACAAAAACAAACAUGUAAGUGCGGGAAAAAUUUUUCAAAAAACGGGCCUUUCCACAACUACUCAACUUGUUUGCUCAUAACAAAGAUUCGAAAGUAAGUAGUCAAAUGCUUAAAAAUGAAAAAUGCGUUUUUGAAAUUUUUUAAUUUGCACAACUUUAAUUUUCAGGCAGUGUCACAUAUCAACUCGAGAGAUGCCCAAGUCGCUGCGUCUCAAUUGAAUCGUCGCUCGGUGUCAUCGUUAUCAUCAGCUUCUAUCCAGUCCAACAGUUCAGUCAAAGUCCAUUAUGCACUGGCUCUACGGAUCACUUACAUAUUAAUAUCCUUCUAUCACAAGGUCUUGGUAAGUGAUAUUUUUAAUGUAGUAACGUGUUUCGUUGUUCUCCUCGAUGAAUUGUAUUAUAAUAUCGGGGUGUUUGUCCCACUCAACGAGAAUCUGUCGGCCAUUGUCGUCCUACGACCGCUUAAUCGAAGGUUUGAACUUGCUACUGGAAUGUAG